UGUUUCCUUCACUGUACACUAUAUUGCCAAACGUAGUGGGACACCCCUCCAUAUCAUUGCAUUCAGGUGUUCCAAUCACCUCCAUGGCCACAGUUGUAUGAAAUCAAGCACCUAGGCAUGCAGACUACUUCUUCAAACAUAUGUGAAAGAAUGGGUCGAUCUCAGGAGCUCAGUGAAUUCAAGCUUGGUACCGUGAUAGGUUGCCACCUGUGCAAUAAUUCCAUCUGUGAAAUUUCCUUGCUACUUAAUAUUUCACGGUCAACUGUUAGUGGUAUUAUAACAAAGUGGAAGCAACUGGGAACAACAGCAACUCAGCCACAAAGUGGUAGGCCAUGUAAAAUGAAAUAGCGGGGUCAGCGCAAGCUGAAGUGCACAGUGCGCAGAAGUCACCAACUGGUUGCAGAGUCAAUAGUUAAAGAAUCCAAACGUUAUGUGGCCUUCAAAUUAGCACAACAGUGCAUAAAGAGCUUCAUGGAAUUGGUUUCCAUGGCUGAGCAGCUGCAGCCAAAUCACCAACAUCACCAAGUGCAAUGCAAAGUUGGAUGCAGUGGUGUAA